UGCGACUUUAUUCAUUGACCGAUCAUCCAUCUCUCUCUCAACUUUCGAAAAUGUUCAAACCCAGAUGGGCGUUUGUUCUCAUAUUCCUCCUCAAUCUUCAUCUGGGUAGUGUUUUUGCCACUGUUCCCACAGACCCACUUGUCCAACAGCAAUUGGAUAGAGUUCAUGGGCUUCCGGGCCAGACCUUCAACGUGAGCUUUGCACACUAUGCUGGGUACGUCAAUGUCAAUGAAGAUGCCGGGAGGGCUCUCUUCUACUGGUUUGUUGAGGCUGCUGAGGACCCUACUUCUAAGCCCCUUGUUCUUUGGCUUAAUGGAGGACCUGGAUGUUCAUCAAUUGCUUAUGGGAUGGCAGAGGAAGUUGGCCCAUUUCAUAUUCAGGCUGAUGGGAAGACACUGUAUUUGAAUCCUUACUCUUGGAAUCAAGUUGCUAACAUUCUGUUUCUUGAUUCACCUGUUGGAGUUGGGUUUUCUUAUUCAAACACAUCCUCUGAUUUAAUGUCCAAUGGAGAUAAAAGGACUGCGAGCGACUCCCUGGCAUUUCUAUUGAAGUGGCUUGAACGCUAUCCCCAGUACAAAGGAAGGGACUUUUACAUCACAGGAGAGAGCUAUGCAGGACAUUAUGUUCCUCAGUUAAGCCAAGCAAUUGUGAAGUACAACUUGGCAGCUAAGGAGAAAGGAAUUAAUCUGAAGGGCUAUAUGGUGGGAAAUGCUCUAACAGAUGAUUACCAUGAUCACUUGGGGGUUUUCCAGUUUAUGUGGUCAGCUGGUUUGAUUUCUGAUCAAACAUACAAGGCGCUUAACCUUUUUUGUGACUUCCAGUCAUUCAUACACACCUCAAAUUCAUGUGACAGUAUUCUUGACAUUGCUAGUGCAGAACUUGGAAACAUUGACCCUUACAGUAUUUACACUCCGUCUUGCCCCGCUAAUGUUAGCCAGUCAAAUCGGCUGUUGAAACGAAUGCAUGUGGCUGGCCGAAUCAAUGAAAAGUAUGAUCCUUGCACUGAGAAACACACAGUUGUAUACUUCAAUCUACCUGAGGUUCAGAAGGCUCUUCAUGUUGAUCGACACCAUGCACCAUCUAAAUGGGAAACCUGCAGUGAUGUGGUGUACACUACUUGGAAGGAUUCUCCUAGGACAGUGCUGGAUGUCUACCGGGAGUUAAUACAUUCGGGACUUCGUAUAUGGAUGUUCAGUGGUGAUACAGAUGCGGUAAUCCCAGUUACAUCUACCCGAUACAGUAUAGAUUCCCUUAAGCUUCCAACUGUCAAACCUUGGCGUGCCUGGUAUGAUGAGGGGCAGGUUGGAGGCUGGACUCAAGAAUAUGCUGGGCUGACAUUUGUAUCAGUGAGGGGAGCAGGUCAUGAAGUCCCUCUGCACAAACCAAAGCUAGCUCUCGCACUUAUUAAAAACUUCUUGUCAGGAUCCUCAAUGCCAUCAUUACAACUUGUCAGUGACUCGUAGAGGGAUAUUCUCUUUGCAUAUGGUGCUCGACCCCCUGGGAAAAGUUCAUGGAGUGCAAUGCAAUGUUUUCAGUUUGUUGGUGUUGGGUGAUUGUGAGGACACGCAUACAGAACACUGAACACAUCACAUUUGGUAUGUUCAUAUCAGCGACCUUUGUAAUCUUAAGUAUGAUCUCAAUUUAUAAUUCAUUAUUAAAUUUAGACCAUUAUAACAAGCAGUAUCAGAAACUUAAUUGAAUAUUACUGCCUCUUCAGAGUUCUUCACAUAAAAA